AUGGCUAACGAUGAAAUGGGAAUAUUUAGACUGUCCAAGUUGGCGUUUCACGCCCUCCCCAACAUCCAGCGUCAAAAGUAUUACGAGAUGAAUGUACCAUGUAUAGAUCUUAAAGAAUGUUGCCGGUCGUUGUUAAAAAUUGUCAAGUUGAACACCGAAGGCGGUCACUUCGACCCAAAUGGCAAUAGGCUGUCCAUGUUCGACAAGGUGAAGUCUUUCAGCAAUCAUAAGUUCGAAUACAUAUGCACAACAGCCGUAGGUAACGGGCACAUCGAUUGUCUUCAGUUUGCCCACAAAAUUGGAUGCAAAUGGGAUAAAUUUACGUCCGCCAGGGCCGCGAGUUCUAGUCUGGAGUGUUUGAUGUACUUACAUGCCAACGGGUGUGAAUGGGAUCAAUCCACGUGUACUCAAGCCGCGACAUCGGGGUUCUUGGAAUGUCUCCAGUUUGCACACGAGCAUGGGUGCCCGUGGACUGAAUCUACGUGCUCUGGAGCCGCAUCUUCAGGUAAAUUAGACUGCUUAAUCUAUGCACGGGCCAAGGGUUGUCCUUGGGACGAGUCGACGUGCUCCAAAGCCGUCAUCGCUGGAAACUUGGAAUGUCUAAAGUAUGCUCAUGAGCAUGGUUGUCCUUGGAACUCAAUGACAAUAACCGACGCCGUUAUUUAUGGCAAAUUUGAUUGUCUAGUAUAUGCGAGAAACAACGGUUGUCCAUGGGAGGAAGACUUGUUAUGCUAUAUCGCCGCAGCGUACGGAAACCUUGAUUGUUUGAGUUUUGCUCAUGAAAAUGGUUGUGCAUGGAAUAAAUAUACGUGCGCCGUAGCUGCAGCCAAUGGGCACUUGGAAGUUCUUGAGUACUUGCAUGAAAACAAUUGUCCUUGGGACACAUUAACGUGUGAAAUGGCGGAAAAGUAUGAUGAAAUCGAAUGCUUGCAAUACGCUACCACACAUGGAUGUCCAUGGACCGAACCUUCAAUUACUAAUGAGUAA